AUGAGAGCAUGUUUAGAAUUAAAUCCUAUAGUAAGGAUUGGGAAGAUCAAUAAGACCAUUUAUGACUUGUCGUUUGUCCAGGAACCCAGAUACGCCCGUGAAUCCACGGUGCUCAAGAAUCAAACGUCUUCACAAUCAACAAAUAUUCAUAAGCGGUUAUUGCAUCCUUUCCCGAUCAUUGGUCUCAAGAUCUACUACGAUGACCAAAAAUUGGGAAGAUUGGACAUCACCAGCCAUAAUUUAUCUUUUUUCUUUUUGAAAGCAACCAUUAUUGAUGAAGAUUCACAACAUGGAGGACGAAAAGGCAUCAAUACUGACUCAGUAAUUGUGGGCACGAAAUUGAUCAGCGGGAUUUUUUACAAUUUACCAAGAGAUCAGUUGAAACUUGAUGAUAGGGCCGAGACAAUGAUCAUCUUCAUGUUCACCGACAUUGGGUUUUUGAAAAAAGGAAACUACAAAAUCUCUUUUGAGUUAUACAAGUUUGAACCUUUCAAUUACUUGGUACCGAAUCAAUUGCUGAAGUUGACGAAAAUUACAGAAUUAUACUCCAAGAACAUCAAAGUAUAUGGGCCAAGAGAAUACUAUAAACCUUCAGUACAAGAAACCAUUUCCAAUGAAAUGAAGCUCGAGCUGGAAAAAAUCAUCAAUAACCGUUUAAGAAGUAAAGUGGUACAUUAUUUGAAAGCAAUCAAUAUCAUCAAAGACUACGAUAGAAACACAAACUCUAAUAACUCAAGCAAAGAUGGGUCUGCCGCCAAUAAUAAACUGACAAACGCGCGUAAGCCAAAAACUGCCAACAAUGGCGGAGCUAUUACCACCAGUAAUACUAUCACUGCUGCUGCUGCUGCUUCUUCUUCCUCUUUUUCCUCUGCUGCUGCUGCUGCACUUCCUAAUACUGCUGGAAAUAAUAUCCCCCCUCCAGGAGAAACCAAAAGUUAUGCUCCAGGACCUGGUUCAACUUUCACAUUUACCGUCAAUACCGGCUCUAAAAGAAAAGCUGAACCCGCUAAAAGUAAUACUGGCAAAAAUCACCAUGUUCACAUUCAAUCUUCCGAAAAUGAUUUUUAUGCCUACGCCAUCAAUAACAAACCAAAGAGAAAAAAGAAAAGUGCUACUAUAGCCGAAGUAGCCUCUUCUACUGGGAUAAAGGACACUAAUAAUAACACAGGUUAUAUUUCCAACGGGAAUUAUACCGGAACUACGGACGGACCACCUAUCAUGACAUUCAAAUCCAUUAAAUUGCCUUCAUUGAAUGAAGCCAUUAAUCAAGGCAUCAAAUCCGAAUCAGAUGAUAAACAUAACAUUCUUCCACCUCUUGAAUCUUCUGAACUUCCUACCAAUCCAGGAAUUAAUAAUGAUGGUAACAUUUUUGUUGGAUCGUUGCCAUAUAUUGGAGGACCAAAAAGUGAAGAUCUAGUACAACCUUUGCCAAACUACAAAAUUACGUCAGAUCACCCUGCACAUAUCUUAUCCAUGUUGGCACUGUGUGGCAACAAUAGUGAUAAAAACAAUGGAAGUACCAAUAUUUCACGGCCGCCGUCUUCAUCUUCAUCUCCUUCUUCUCCUAUACCAUCGAUAAUAAUGGAAAAUACCAGAACGCAUCAAAAUAGGGCUAAACCAGAGAACAUUUCUCAAGAAGCUUCUCAUAAUCAUAAUACAGUUAGAGCUCCUAAUUUAUCAUGGGUUUCAUCUACGGCCUCUUCUUCUUCUCCUUCUUCAUUAUCGUCAACAACUGCGACCGCUUCGACAACUAAUGAUAUGCGUGGUGCCAGCGGCUCUGAUGGUAAUAACGGACAUUUGCCUAAUAAUUUUAGAAACAUUGCCUACACGUUGAUGAGCCUUAGACAGUCUAAACCUACUUCAGCUUCUCCGACACUGAUUAUUGGGAGUGAUAAUGGACCAUCGUCAAAUAUCAACAUAAAAGAACAAAAGUAUGAAGCGGUACCAUUUGAGAUGUUAACCACUGCAGUAGUAUCGAAAGGGAAAACUGCUAAAAAACAAACGCGACGCAAAAAAUGA